UAGGCAACAAGCUGUGAUGAUGUGAUGACAGCGUGUGACAGUAUUCUGCAGCUCACCUGUUAGCUCCCCAACCACUUUAAAGUCUUAUUGUUCGACGGUGCUGUUGAUAGUGAUCCUUGAACCAUAUCAAAACUGGCGACCUUUAAACAGAGACAACCUGAGAUUCUCUGACUAUUGAGAACUUAUCACCGUAAGUAGAGAAAGGCUGACAACUUACCAGGGCAACAGGGAAAAUACUUCAACAUGGAGACGUCAUUGAAGGUCAUUUGUUACACUUUCAUUCAUACAAUAACGAACGAUUCUAAAUAUGCCGAUUAUGUCUUUUCAGAACGUUGAUUUUGUCAUGAUAAUUCAUAUACACACUCCCCAGAAUCUGUAUGAACAAAUAAUCCAAAAGGUCAGUACUACAUUAUCUUGUAGCUAUAAUUUAGUAGGUCCUUAGCGAUAACGUUGAGACUGCUUAUUCGUGUAACUUUACCUCUUACCGUAGGUCGGUAACUACAAGGUCGGAGAGGAACUGGGGAGGGGAGCUUUCGGCCGAGUAUAUAAGGCUUGUUCUGUGGACCGUGAUCCAGCGAAGAUCUGCGCUGCAAAGAAACUGCCUAUAGAGUUAGAGCGCCAAAUGGAUGAAGCCAUUGGAGAACUAAAUACCUUAGAAAACCUUAAACACCACGACCAUAUCGCCCAACUUAUUGGGCACGAAGUGGUAUUCACCCCUCCUUCUUGUAUUUGGCUUUUUCUCGAAUUCUGUGAAGGUGGUACACUUGGUGACUACGUUUUCCGCAACCCACAAAAUGUUGCCGCAAAACGCCAGUUGACAUUCCAACUGGCGGAUGCUGUAGCGUUCCUCCACAGCCAGCAUAUCGUCCACAGGGAUCUGAAACCGCAGAACUUGAUGAUAAAAGACAAGACUAGCCCCGAGUCCCCAAUUCUGAAGGUAGUGGACUUUGGCCAGGCAACUGUAUGUGACCGUUUAGAUCCGACUAAGGUGCACGAGUACUUUACGGGGUCCCUGGGGGGAACACCCUACUACAUCGCUCCCGAAGCUCUGAGAGGCCACAACUGGACCACCGCAGUUGACAUAUUUUCGAUGGGGCUUAUAGUUUGGGCAAUGUUCGACAAUCUCAAUGCAGUUAGCAAUGCUGGCCAGGAGCCAUAUCUUGCCCCGUUUGUAAAACGUCCGUCAGGUUACCCAGAGGCAAUAGGCACCGUUCUGGCGCGGGGUGGAAGCGUAGACCAUAAUGUAGUGAUGAAAAACGAACCGAAGCGCCGAAACCUUGUCUUCAUGAUGAUAGACGCAGACUAUAAGAAAAGGCCUACUGCUGACGAUGUCUUCAAUAACCUAAAGCUCGUUGAGGAUCAAAAUGACCAAAACGAGUCGUACCAAGGGUCAGGAAAUGUGGACACCGGUCCGAAUGUAGCCACAAGUCAGAACGAACGGGAACCAAAUCCAUGCUUGCAAAUAUUUGCUACCAUCUUCCUUUCUCUUCUAUACUGCCUUAUUCAACUUUUUAAAGCCGUUGUCUUAAUCAUCAUCACCAUCCCGUUUGUGCUGGCCCUGAUACUGCUAUUAUUUUGCGCUUUCUUCAUGUCUUUCUGCUACAUUUGCUGCAAUGAUAACAAAUGCAUAACCUACAUUGUGAAGUUUAAGAUGGUUCCACCUGCUUUUGAUUAUUACAAGAACAUCUGCUCUCGUGUGAUAAAUUUCCAAAAAUCAUUUCCACCAUGCAAAUGACCAAUACUUGCUUCCCUCAGACCAUUAUGAAAAUGUAUUCCGGUUAUGUAAAUGACUUGCACAUCUUCAUAACUUACACAGGUCACAAUGUCAACAAUUAACUCAUGUACUUCUUAGAAGAAUUAUGACACUUUCACAUGUCAUUAGGGACUUAUUUGCAUAAAUGGUAUAUGCUAGUC